CUGCUUAGACUUUGAAUUUGGCGAAAAACAUUUUAAAAAAUACAAAAAUAUUUUAUAUAGUAUAGAGAGAACAUAAAUGCAACAAGAAGAAUCUGAUACAGACAGUGACUAAGUUUAAGUAACUCAAAAACUUCAAGCCUUUAUUUUUUAGUUUCCUGUGAUGUUUUUUUAAUAUGACCGUGUCAUAAAUGUUCUGUUGUUUGACAGUUAUUUGUAAUAUUGUUUUUAUAGCCAAAUUUUUUUUUAUCACAGUUUUAUGUUAUAUUUUAUCACGCUGUUUGGUUUUUGUUUUCCCCCGAUAAUCAACGGGGUAGCGGAGUGGCGGAAUUUUUAAUGUUGGCUCUGGCGACACUGCUCACGUGCUCACAGUGCUCACAUGACAUCUUGUCAUCUGCGUAAAAAAUGUUGACGUGACAUGACAGGUUAGAAAAUGUUGAUAAACUCGAUAAAAUAAACUUAAUAUUUCAAUUUCUGAUUGACGAUUUUGUUGAUAAAAAGGCCUACGAAUCAUGGGAAAAGUGGUCAGUAGAAACUUAGACUUGUCGUCGAAUGAAUAUUGCUUGAAAUUUAGUGGACCUGAAUCAAUUUCGCUGAACGAUCCGUUUUGGAACACAUUUCUGGCUUUUAAUAUUGUCCCACCCACGACAGUGUAAGUUUUUACAUUGUAGACAACUAACAGACGUAGUAUUCAUCGCUAUUUUAUUGUAGCAAUGAUCAGUUAGCAUUAGAAUCAAGAUUGGAACCACUAUGCCAAGAACUUUUAAAAAACAACUUGGCUACUGGAAACUUUGGGUCUCUCAUACAAGUAUUCAUAGUGAAGUCUAUUGAAUUGCUGUCAGCCACAGAUACUGAUGCGAACCUAUUCAACUGGCAGCUAUUCAACACAAUCUUCACAAUAAGAUGUAUUUUGAAAUUCUUGACAGAAGUAACCACAGAGGAGCAACUUCUCAAACACAUAGAACACAAUGGCAAUGGAAGUACUCUAGAAACAUUCAUUGGCACCUUAAUAGGCAUCAUUGUGGAUAUACCAGUAAAUCAUUCCACAUAUCUGAUACAUCUAGAAGCUGUUACUUGUUUAUUGGUGCUAUUAUCUGUGCAAUAUCAUUCUGGUAUGAGGUCAGACCAAAGUCUUAUUUACAAGUUGAUGAUGAAAGGAAAACAUGCUAUCCAUGCACCAGUACUUAUAAAAUGUCUUUUGAUAAACUUCAUUAAUCAAGAAAAGAUGCCAUUAGGUUUUGGUGGAAGUCAUGGGCACAGUAUUGUAUUAGGUUUGGCAUCAGAUCUCUGGUCAAUGUUGACUUUUAGUAAAAAAUCCUCAGAAGAUGAGGAAAACCCAAACUUGAGUAGUUUCCAAGAGACACCUUUAGCAGUACAAAGUUUAUUAUUAACAUUAGUGUUAGUCCAUCAUUGGACAACACUAUCAAAUCCAUAUAGAAGUAGUUUGUUUUCUUGUUUAGAUAGCCAAGCAAAUCAUCCUGUCCCUGAAACCAAAGCAUCUUUAUUGUUCAAAAUAGGCUACAAUCAGUUGUAUACGAUACUAUGCAAAAAAGCAUCUGGAGAUGCGACAACAUUAUUAUUGUAUUUACUUUUACAUCGAAAUCCUACAUUUAAGACCUAUCUCUUGAGCAGAGCAGACUUGGACCAUCUGAUAAUACCUAUUUUAAAAACUUUAUAUAAUGCACCAAGUAGCAAUUCUCACCACAUAUACAUGUCAUUGAUAAUUUUACUUAUUCUAAGUGAAGAUUACUCCUUCAAUAAAAUGGUCCAUGAAGUGAAAAUCAAGAACGUUACAUGGUAUACCGAGCGUGCCCUAGUGGAAAUAUCUUUGGGAGGAUUGCUGAUACUGGUUGUAAUUCGGACGAUACAGUACAAUAUGCUCAAAAUGAGAGAUAAAUAUCUUCACACAAAUUGCUUAGCAGCGUUAGCAAACAUGUCUUCACAAUUUAGAGAGUUGCAUCCUUACGUCAGCCAACGGUUGAUAUCACUAUUCGAAACGUUAGCAAAGAGAUAUCAUAGGUUGGUGUUGAGAAUGAAGACUGAAAAGAAUCAGAAAGGAGAAGAGGUGGCUGUGACUGUAGACCAAAAUGGCGGAGAUUUAGAGCAGGAUUUGCAGGUUAUAGAAGAGGUACUUAGGAUGGUUCUGGAGAUACUGAAUUCUUGUCUCUCGAUGCAACUGUCAAACAACCCGAACUUGAUAUACACCCUCCUGUACAACAAGCACUUGUUCGAGCAAUUUAAGGAUAACGUCGUGUUCCAUGACAUCAUUCACAACAUAGAUAUCAUUAUUAAGUACUUUUCGCAAUUAUUAGCAGAAAAAUCACAGCAGCACGAGGUCGACGCUCAUCAGGUGCUGAUGACGAUACAACAAGGUGCUAGGAAUUGGCCAAAGGAAAGACUGACGAAGUUUCCUGAAUUAAAAUUCAAGUACGUAGAGGAGGACCAACCUGAAGAUUUUUUUAUUCCUUACGUUUGGGCUUUGGUCAGCCAACAAUCAGUAUUAAACUGGACUAACGAUUCGACACCUAUCUUAUCAGUUUGCUAGCCAUAACUUUGUACAUAAUUUAAAUUUUGUUCCAGCGAGUUGUAAUUUUUUCCUUUAUGUGGAAUGUUUUUAAGUUCAAAUCACAGUCCAAAGUUUCUAGAUAUGUGAUUUGUACUUUUCGUUGAAUUUGUAGAUACUUGUGUAAAUUUUUAUUUGUUAUAAAUGUGAAUAAUCAUGAAAAUAAACUUCCCAUGUAGGUGAUUAAGGGACUGAAAUAAGUGACAUAAAUAUGCAAAUAUGUAGUAUUUAUUUUAUACAAAAAAAUGUUAACAAUUAUAUAUAUUUAUUGAG